CUCAGAGUCAAGGCUCAGGGCAACCUGGACGUCCGGAGCAGCGCUUAGGCAGGGAGCUAGCCUGCCUUGACCAGCUGGCAGCACCUGCAGGCUGCAGCAGCUCCGAGUCAGCUCGAUGCAGAACAAUUGAGGUUCUGCGAAUGGGGCGUCCAUAUUAACUUCGCAUAAGAGAGCCCGUCAGUCGUCUUCUUUUCCGGCGCAUUGAUCAGACGUCUACCUUCCCGUCUGGUCGAGAGCAAGACCUUAAGGGCCCAGACAUUGGAAAGGCUUGAUGCUGUUUCCAAGAGCGUGUAGGACAAUUGGUCAGCGUUUGCAAAGCCCAGACCGACUCCGGGGUGCUGAACGAUUGGCGGAGCCGAAGGAGCUGACGUAGAUUCCAUAACGAAGAGGACUUGGAACACGUACAACCGCCUUCUGGUUGGAUAAGUUAGAGGAGGCAGGUUUGAUGCUCCCUUAAACAAGCUGCCCCCAGAAGCACCGCUCACCUUGCUUCACCCCUGGAUGGAAGCACAAACCGACCACUUCAGUGAGAGACUGAGGGCCAUGGGUUUUGGCGCCAGAGAAUCCUCGUCGGAUGUUGAACACGAUUCAGACAUGUCACCCGCUCCCAGACGCUGGGGAAAUACAGAGCCUUCUCGAAGCAAGGUCAGGCGAUCCGUCAACUUUCGGCCGGAACUCAAGUCAGGCCGGAAUCCGCUCGAGCGGGCUGCGGCCAGCUCGGACGGAAUGGCGCGCGUGCAAACAGGGGCAGCGCUCGGGGCCUGCCGCGAACGGUGUCGAGACCUGGAGUGGCGUUUGCAGAUGGCGGAGGAGACGAUCCAACGGCAGACGCAGGAGCUGACGAACCUGCGGAUGCAAAACGCCACCGAGGCGCAGCAGGAGCGAGUCGAGGCACGGCUGCGGCGCAUCGAGAAGCAGAAAGAAGUUGACAGCAUUAUGUUGCGGCACGAGCGCCGCCGGGCAGCUUUCUCCCCGCCCCGGACGCGCCUCCUUUCCCCUCCCCGGCUAGGUUCACGCGUGGGCUCAUCGCCCAGUCUGAAAGACUUUGGAUCACCCCCCCGGUAUGAAAGAGGCCUUGUCUCGUGGGAUUCGAGCCUCCACCCAAAAGCGGGCGAGUUUCCGACCGACUCGGACGAGGCCUUCCGGCGAUACAUGGCGGACUUUCAACUGGAGACGGACCGGUUACGAGCGAGAUUGGGGAUCUCGAGCACUGGGUAACAAGGACAUACCCUAUAGACCACCCGUAUAGAGCCUUGGUUGAAAGGGAACGCAUUUCAUGUUGGCAGACAAGGUGUUUUUGUAAUGCCUUUUACUCACGGCAAGCCAAUCGCUCCCAAUCAAGUAGUUUAUUGUGCCUACUGAGAAGAAUUGCCUGCAGUCCCCGAAUCUGCACGUAGUGCACUUGCAAAAUAUGACAUGCACAUGAUGCUCAUUGCCAGGUAACUUAAUAUCUGCCUGCUGACUGCAGGCGGCCCCACG